AUGAGAAUUACAUACCACUUGUGGAUUACCUCUAGAUGUCCUGGAGCUUCUCAUCGGAGACUUGCUCUAGAAAGGAGGAAAACUGAUAAAGCUCAGACAGAGAUUGAGAAUGAAAAUGGAACCACUGUAAUAGAUCUUCCAGGUACUUUAUCCCUCGAAACGGACUGUUCAAGGACAGGCACAGCACCUGCUUAGUGCAGCUUGAUAUCAGCGUCUCUGCCCCCAUGGCCUGAGGAGCCUGGCCUGGACAACCCCGCCUUGGAGGAGAACACGGCCACUGACACUAUGCAACAGCCGGUUAGUUUUCCAGAAGGCAAAAUUACUACAAUUGAAAUUCACCGGGGUGAUCCUUAUAUUCAGCUAGGAAUUAGCAUUGUGGGCGGCAAUUUAGCGCCACUGAUCAACAGAUACAUUGUUAUCCAGGAAGUCUGUCGGGAUGCGGUGAUCGCCAAAGAUGGAAGACUUCUUGCUGGAGACCCAAUUCUUCAGGUCAACAACUGUAACACCAGCAAUGUGUCUCACAACUAUGCCAGAGCCACCCUUUCCCAGCCCUGUUCCACACUGCACCUAAGCGUGCUGCAAGAGUGGUGCUUUGGGGGCCGGACCUACAGCCACCCCGACAGUAGCUCUCCCCGGGAAGAGGUCUUCCACGUAGUCUUUCACAAACGGGACUCUUGUGAACAACUUGGCAUUAAACCCAUUCAAAGGACCGGUGAACCAGGUGUUUUUAUCCUUGAUCUGUUGGAAGGGGGCCUGGCUGCCCAGGAUGGAAGGCUGAGCAGCAAUGACCGAGUGCUCGCCAUCAAUGGACACGACCUGAAGCUCGGAACCCCUGAGCUUGCCGCCCAGAUCAUUCAGGCUAGUGGCGACAGGGUGGAUUUAACAAUUGCUAGGCCGGGGAAAUCCCAGCCUGGUAACCCUGUCCAGGACGCAGGAGCUCUGGGUAGCAGCCAGCACCAUGCACAGCCGCUGUACCACAACAGACCCAGCUCAUACAAGGAUCUUACCCAGUGUGUUACAUGCCAAGAAAAACACAUUACUGUAAAGAAGGAACCACCUGAGUCCCUGGGAAUGACAGUGGCAUGGGACAGAGGAAGCAAGAGUGGUAACCUGCCCAUCCUUGUAACCAGUGUGCCAGCUCAUGGCUGUCUGGCACGUGAUGGCCGCAUAAAAAGAGGUAAGAUAGGGAGGGCUGGGAACAGUGAAACUCCUCCCAUCUUCUCCCUGCAUGCAACUCAUGUUUGA